UGUUUUACUUCCGGUUCGGGUAAGAGGUCAUUCGUUGUUGAAAACAUGGCGGCUCCCGGUAAAGCGACCGUGUUAUUGAAGGCUGUUAAGAAAAUAACUGUCCAGUUUUGUCCAUUCGAGUCCAACGUCCGGUCCACACGAGAGUUUCUAGCUCUGGUGGGUUCGGAGAAGGCCCGGUCCACCAACAUGAACUGUGAGGUGAUGCCUGUGGUGAAACACGACAAGUCUGAACCAGUGGUGGAUGUAACGUACGUGGAUGGAGAGAGGCUGGUGAUGAAGGGGGCGAAGUUGACCUGCAGCGAAAUGCUGGGUGCGUUUCAGUCCCGCUGCAAAGACAAGGACCAACAGGCCAAGGCUGGCGCCAAGAAAUGACCACCUGUUUGAAAUUGCUUGUAUUUAUAUGUGUAUAAUCCUGGAAAUGUACAAUAAAAGCCUUUGUUUGACUAUA